AUGUCUAGCAAAAUAGAAGGAGUAUUUGCUCCUAUAGCAUUAAAAAUAGCCAACUAUUUAGAUGGUUUACCUAAAAUAUAUAAUCCAGUAUUCAUUGCUUGUAUUUCAACAAUAGCAGGUAUGAUGUUUGGUUUUGAUAUUUCAUCAAUGUCUGCUUUUAUUGGUCAAAAGCCAUAUAUGAAUUUUUUUAAUUCACCAAGUUCAACUAUGCAAGGUUUUAUUACAUCUGCUAUGGCUUUAGGGUCAUUAUUUGGUUCAAUUUUUGCAACAUUUGUUUCUGAACCUUUUGGUAGAAGAUUAUCAUUAAUUAUUUGUGCAUUUUUUUGGUGUGUUGGUGCAGCAAUUCAAUCAUCUUCACAAAAUAGAGCUCAAUUAAUCAUUGGUAGAAUUAUAUCUGGUUUAGGUGUUGGUUUUGGUUCAUCUGUUGCUCCAGUUUAUGGAUCAGAAUUAGCUCCAAGAAAAAUUAGAGGUUUAAUUGGUGGUAUGUUUCAAUUUAGUGUUACUUUAGGUAUAUUGAUUAUGUUUUUUAUAUCUUAUGGUUUAGGUCAUAUUAAUGGAGUUGCAUCUUUUAGAAUUGCUUGGGGUAUUCAAAUUGUACCAGGUUUAAUUUUAUUAUUAGGUUGUUUUAUAAUUCCAGAAUCUCCAAGAUGGUUAGCUAAACAAGGACAAUGGGAUAAAGCUGAAUUUAUUGUUUCUAAAAUACAAGCAAAAGGUAAUAGAGAAGAUGCAGAAGUUUUAAUUGAAAUUUCAGAAAUUAAAGAUCAAUUAUUAAUUGAAGAAUCAGCAAAAUCUGUUAGUUAUGCAACUUUAUUUACAAAAAAAUAUAUUAUGAGAACUUUUACUGCAACUUUUGCUCAAAUUUGGCAACAAUUAACUGGUAUGAAUGUUAUGAUGUAUUAUAUUGUUUAUAUUUUUGAUAUGGCAGGUUAUUCAGGUGAUGCUAAUUUAGUUGCUUCAGCUAUUCAAUAUAUUUUAAAUACAGUUUUAACUAUUCCAGCAUUAUACUUUUUAGAUAAAGUUGGUAGAAGACCAUUAUUAAUUGGUGGAGCUAUCUUUAUGAUGAUUUGGCAAUUUGGAUUAGCUGGUAUCUUAGGUUCAUAUUCUGUUCCAUGGCCAGAUUCAGGAAAUGAAACUGUUAAUAUUAGGAUUCCAAAAUCUAAUAAACCUGCUUCAGAUGGUGCUAUUGCUUGUUGUUAUUUAUUUGUUUGUUCAUUUGCUUCAACUUGGGGUGUUGGUAUUUGGGUUUAUUGUUCUGAAAUUUGGGGUGACAAUAGAAUAUCUCAAAGAGGUAACUGUAUUUCAACUGCUGCUAAUUGGGCUUUAAAUUUUGCAAUUGCAAUGUAUACUCCUUCAGGUUUUAAAAAUAUUAAUUGGAGAACAUAUAUUAUAUAUGGUGUUAUGUGUUUGUGUAUGGCUAUUCAUGUUUUCUUUGGAUUUCCAGAAACUCGUGGUAAACGUUUAGAAGAAAUUGGACAAAUGUGGGAAGAAAAAGUACCAGCUUGGAGAUCAAGAACAUGGCAACCAACUAUACCAAUUGCAUCUGAUGCUGAUUUGGCUAGAAAAAUUAGUGUUGAACAUAAAGAAGAAGGACUUAUGGAAGAUUCAAAUUCUGAUGAAAUUGCUCAAUCAGAAGAAAAAGUAUAA